AUAACAAUACUUCGGAAUUAGCAUUCUUCAACUUUUAAGAUCUCCUACACUUCAACCAUGGGGAACAGAGGAGAUUUAACAGAAUCCAAUCAUUUCAAACCCAAAUUUAGUCAUCUUCAAUGGGAGAGAGGUUGAUUUUCCAAUCCUCUAACUUUAAGAGAGAGAGAAUGACAUGACAGAACUUCGUUCUUUGAAUGUACAAAGUGGGAAAUAGGAAAUCAUUUACUAAUUUUGAUCCGGUUCUUAUGCAGUUAACUGUCAAUCCUAUCGACCCAAGAAAAAAAAAUCUAUCCGGAUGACACAGAGAUCAAAUGAACCCAAUGCCAAUAUAACUCUACCCAGAAGAGAGAGACCACAAGUCAAAAGAACACCCAAUGCUUUCCAAAUUUUAACUCCGAUUCCUCUGCAACAACAGUCGAUCUCCAACCACCCGACAAAAAAUUAACACUCAAAAACCCAAAAGCUCAGACUUUUCCCUCAACCCAAAAUCCAACCCCUCCCUCCUCUGCAUGUCCCCUCCUCUCUCUCUCUCGCUCUACUCUCUCUCUCUACCUAUGGGUUGCUCAGGCUCUAAGCCAGAGAUCGAUGAAGAAGCCCUAGGUACCUAUAGCCAAUUGCGACCGGAUUCAGGGCUUCUUGUUGGGAGAAAGACGAAAAGCCUCUCGGCAAAAGACCUAUUUGGUUGCAGGGGAACCGGUUCUCCGUCCGAUUCUUUGCACAAUCUUUGCCGGAAAAACAGAGUAGCCCAUGCUUCACAAGAAAGCAUUGACUCACAGGACGAAAUUCAGAUCGAAUUCCCCCCGGAAAAGGUGAUUGAGGUUGAAAACUUGGGGUUGCCGGAAAAGGUGAUUCAGAAUGAAGUCUCGCCAGAAAAAAAUGUGGGGUCGCCGGAAAACAACGCAGAGGAGAUAGAACCAAUCGUUUCUGAAGAGAAAGAAUUGGCUACAGAGAAAUCAGAAGAGAUUAAAGAAACUGAGAAACCAGAACAGGAGAGCGAGGUGGUAAAUGAAAUGCCGAAAAAAGAGAGAGAGACGCCGAAAAAGAAGCAGGAAAAUAAUUUCCCGGAGAUAACACCCGGAAAUCUUUUUCCCGUGGGCAAAGUGGAAGUCGUGGAGUCGCCAGGAAGUAAAAUACCGGCGAGGGGGGACCAUUUCCCGGUCGAGUGGCCGGAAAAAGAGGAGGGAGGGGACAGUGGCAAUAACGUAAAUGUUAGGGGCCUUAAUGUGAAUACUUUCAAGGUUAUUGAGGACGAGGAAUACGUGCGUAGUUCUCCAAGUUUUAGGGAAUAUUAUUUUGCUUCUCUCAAAGAGACCGGUGAUACUUCUAAUGACUCUGCUGGACCACAGGAUUCCAAAGAAAACGGUAAGAGUGGGAACAAGAACAAGGAUGGUGAUGACAAAGGAAGCCGUGAUUGUGGGGAGGAUAAAGCAAACAAAAGAAUCAUGAGAAGGAAAUUCCAGGCAUUGGCAAGAAGCACUCUUCUCGUAAACAAUCUGCUGAGCACUCGCUACUGUUACAAGCCUAGCGACCAUGACAGGCCUCAGCUCCUGCCCAAGAAACCAGACAGUGCAGAGUCAGCGGAGGAAGUCCACUAGAAGAAUGAAGAUCUUCCUCUCAAAGCUUAGGUUUUUUUGGUUGGACCCUGGCUUAAGAGAGAGCGAGCUCCAAGCCUCCCCCAGAAAACAAAAACGAAAAAGGACUAGCGUAUUUGACGUUCCUGGAGCCAUGUUUGUUUGUGUAUGCCUGUGUGCGUGAGUAUGCAUGUAUUAGACACUCACUCUUUCUUGUUGCAAUGGAAGACUGAAGAUGCAUCAUAGGUUUUUAUGAUAAAAUCUCAAGGAAACUGAUAGGAAGAUUUGGCCACUGUAUCAUUAUCUUUAUGUAAUAAUAUCAUAAUAUAGGAGUUUGUGCA